AUGAAAUGGAGAAAACUUGACUAUUGUGCUUCUUUUAGGAUACCGGAUAAAAGAAAAGAUUACAUAAUCACCAGAGCUACUGAAUCUAACGAGCACUGUAAAGAGACUUUGAAAAAAUUUGGUAUAAUAACAAUUGUUAGUGAAUUGUUAAAAGUUUUUAUUCAUCUCGAUAAGACUGACAAAUCUCUUAAAUAUGAAAAUUUGCUGGUUUUCAGUUAUGUGAUUCCGUUACUGUUCGCCGCUUUGGAUAUUUGGUUAAUUAGUAAAGAAUUGAAAAAAAUUAGAAAAUUAGUAAACCACACUUAUGGCGAAAAACCACAAGCAAGAAAUUAG